CGAACAACGUCAGCAACGAAACGAUUCCGGAAGAAGAGCCUACCACACCAGAGACGGAGCCACCAUUCGACGAGAAUGCGGAAGAAAAGAUGACAAACAGUUGGGAGGCAGCACGGGCUUCACUAGGCUCCCUCUCUGGUAGCAGUAGUUCAGCAAAUUCCAACAAAACGCUGAAUCCGAUGCCGAAACAAAAGACACAAAAGUAUAUCCCGUCCUCCGGACCACCCGCCCUGUCCGGUGUAGUUCCAGCAGAGCUACCACUGGCCGCCACCGAACCCUAUGAUUACUUCGAUACCACCGUCAAUGCCAAUGCCAUCGCCGAACGGACCAACAGUUUGCGACGAUUGCGAAGGGCCGGUUACGCCAAUCGUAGCUUCAUGUACCACGGCGAAUAUCCGAUCGUAGAUGAUGGGUACGGUGAUGAUGUGGGUGGGGACGGUGGUGGUGGUGGUCGAUUGCCGUACUUUGUCGAACCGACCUACCGUUCGCUAGAGUACGACCGUAGACAACGUCGCCGACACAGUGUGCAUCAGCUGGCCAACUUUAAUCCUUCCUCGAAGCUGGACGAUCUGAGGCAACGGUUCGAUGAGUACAACUCGUCGGCCGCCGUGCCUAGGGGUGCCUACUACGGCUACUAUACGCUCGACCGUCACAAGAAGCUGUCGAGACAGAUGGCACCGAACCCUCUGCCGCCGAUCACGUAUGGAAAGGCUUUUUCCUUCGGACAGAGCGCACGGUACAGUGGGAGCCGAUCGCUCGAUCGUGUACUGGUGGAGGAAGAGCGCGAGGGACAGCGCAAGGGACCGAAGCGAGGCUCCCGCUCAUCACAGGGUUCCACCGAUAGUAAUAAUAGUACACAUAGUGCAUCAUCCGGGUCGCUACUGCUGACGGUAGCAAACCUUGAGAACUUUGCCAAAAUCCAUCGUAAAUCGACUGCCGGUGGAAGCAGAGGUGGUGGCCACCACUCCAAACUAGACAGCGAUGCCGGCAGUCGAACACUUGAACGAUACCUCUCCUCAACGCUCGAUCUGGUCCCGCACCAUCCCGGUACGCUUGGGCGACGAUCGCGCUACAAUAGCAACAUCCUGCUACCACAUCAAUCGAUCAACGACGAUGAUGAGCCUGAUGACGACCACAACGUUCAUCCGGCCGAUCAUGCCGCGAUCGACUAUCGUAAGGAUGCACAUCACAUUGUCGGCAGCACGAUCGUACCGAUCGAUGAAAUUUCCAUCGACGAAGGUGAAGGCAAUGGAAGCGAACGGCAGCUACAACUUGCCGGACCAAAUGCUGCCGGUGGUGCCAGUCUCGUUUCGCCAUUCCGUUCACUGAAGGGUAAGGAUCCGGAUUCGGUAUCCGUUGCUAGUUCAACACAUUUUACCAUGGUUAACGGAAUCGGUGGACCGCAGCGCGUUAUCAAGACAGGCAUCUGCUCCAGUGGGCACCAAAUUACGAUACUGAUCGUUACGAUGAGCAUCAUCUUCAUGAUCGGGAUCUGUUCGGCUGUUUUCCUGCUCGAAAUGCGUGCCAGGGAAAUGCCAAAGUAA